ACCAUCUCUCUGUCUCUGCCUUCCGCACUGCCCAAGCUGUUUCUCUCUCUCAAUACGAUAAACAAACACCUGUCGGAACUCAAUCACGACAUGGUCAUACCACCGUCAACGCCACCGUCGUGCACGGCGGAACUCGACCUCGACAACCUCCGGGCACUCAAGGUCUUGGGUAAGGGAGCAAUGGGCACCGUCCUACUUGUCUACGACGCCGCUUCCGACCCCUCCGCCUCCUCUCCCUUUGCCCUCAAGCUCGUCGACAAGUCCUCCGCCCACGACGCCGGCCGCCGCGCCCGGUGGGAGAUCUCCGUCCUCGGCCUCCUCACCCGGGACUCCGCCCACCCCUUCCUCCCCCACCUCCUCGCCUCCUUCGAGACCGACGAAUUCCUCGCCUGGGCCGUCCCCUACUGCCCCGGCGGCGACCUCAACGUCCUCCGCCACCACCAGAACGACCGCGUCUUCUCCCCCGCGGUCAUCCGCUUCUACGCCGCCGAGAUCAUCUGCGCCCUCGACCACCUCCACCGCCGCGGCAUCGCCUACCGCGACCUCAAGCCCGAGAACGUCCUGAUCCAGCAGUCCGGCCACGUGACCCUCACGGACUUUGACCUCUCCAAGCAGCUCAAGCCCAAGAAGGCCAAGUCCAUCCACAUCCUCGAACGCCCCGAAAAGAAAACGGAGCUUCCUCGGAACAAGCAGAAGAAGAACAAUCUCUCGCGCUUCGUCGGAGCGUUCAGCGAAGCGACGGCGCUGAGCCUGAAAAAGGCGAAGUCUGCGCGGGUCAGCCCGGUCAGCCGGCGGAACAAGCCGGGAGGCAGCUUCUCCGACGACGGCGAGCGGUCCAACUCCUUCGUCGGGACUGAGGAAUACGUCGCACCGGAGGUCGUCCGGGGCGACGGCCACGAGUUCGCCGUCGACUGGUGGGCACUCGGCGUCCUCACCUACGAGAUGCUCUACGGGGUGACCCCGUUCCGAGGCAAGAACCGGAAGGAAACGUUCCGGAACGUGCUGGCGAAGAACCCCGAGUUCGUCGGAAAACGGACGGCCCUGAUGGACCUGAUCGAACGGCUGCUGGCGAAGGACCCCACGAGGAGGCUCGGCUACCUCCGGGGCGCGAGCGAGAUCAAGGAGCACGAGUUCUUCAGAGGGAUCAGGUGGGACCUACUGACGGAGGUCGCGCGCCCUCCGUUCCUCCCGUCCCGGGACGACGCGGCGGAAGCCGAGAGGCUAACCGCGCGUGCGGUCGACGUGCGGGAGUACUUCCAGAGAUCGAGGCAGCCUCCGUCGAUCCCGGCGUCACCGCUGCCGUCGCCGUCUCGGAGCCUGUCGAUAGCGGAGUUCUGACCCCUCAACCCCCCACACGUGUGCAGGACUAAUUUUUCUUUUUUUUUUCAAUUAUUUUCUUCCCCCACCUCCUUUUUUUUAAAAUUGCCACUGGCGCACCCGCCCCUCCUAAUUAACUCGCUGUACAUAGAGAGCUUAAUAAUAAUUGUAGAACGUGAUUAAAGCU